AUGAAUGUAGAAAAUCACAACGAUUGUGUUGUAAUGUAUAAUGAUGACAGACCAAUUCCAACACUUCCAAAUGAGUUAACUGCCUUAGUAUUUGAAAGUCUUGAACAAAGCAUAAAAAUUAAAAUUGCCAGAGUUUCUAAAGUUUGGAAUGCUUUUAUUUAUUCACCUAUAUUUUGGAAAAAAGUCAUUUUGUACGAUGCAAGUAAAUUCCAAACCGGAACAUUUGAACGUUUAAAACUAGUUGAAGAAUUAGAUGCUAGAGGUAGUAAUUUAACUGAUGCAUUUAUUAAAACGUUGGUUACUGGAUCAGCAGGAACAACAUUAAAAGUAUUGGAUAUUUCUGUUAACAAGAUUACAAAUGUAUCAAUUCUAUUCAUUGGUCUUCAUUGUUGCAACUUAAUGAAAAUUUUUAUUGAAGCAGCAGCACAAAGUUGGGAAUGGGAUCAAUAUUCUGAUAAAUCAGGAUAUAUUGAUAGGCUGAUAAUAUUGAAUGGACCUAAUACACUGGUGUGGCAGAAUAAUGCUAAAGAAAGAUUUAAACAAGUAUUUCAUUACAACAAUUUAAAAACAUUGAUCAAUCAACCUAGACAAACAUUAAGAAAUUCAUGGGCAAUCUUAACACCGUGUAUUAGACAAUUUUGUAUGAGUAAUUAUAUAUUUAGAUUCAAGAUACCAUAUUUGCCUGAAAGAUUGUUUGUGCUUAAAGAUGUUUCGGCCUAUGAUGAAUUUUUUAAGUCCAUGAAUAACGUGUCAGCCGAAGAUAUCGAAAUGUUUAAAGCAGCAGCUUGUAUGGAAAAUUAUGCUAGUAUUAAAGGGGGAAUGAAUUAUUACCGUAGUAAUGCAAUGUUGGGAUUUUACAACGAACAGGAAAAGAGAGGAAUAAAGCAAGUCGGGUUUAUAGGAAUUCCAACAUUGGUUAUCUGGGGAGAAAAGGAUGAAUUCUUAGAAAGUGAUCUGUGUUUAGAUAAUCUUUCAAAACAUGUAUCGAAUCUUGAAACACUUUGUAUAGAUACUGAUGAUGAUCUAGCCACACCUUUAUGUUUAU